AUGGGCAAUUGGCUGACGACGGCGUUGCUGCGAUUCGAGAUUUACUGGUUUCCGCCGAGGCAUAAAUACAUUGGAGGAAUAGAUAUCGAGAAUCAGCGAACGUUUGUGGCGACGGUUGCCGCAAGAAUUGCGCAUUUGCCGAGAAUGACCGAGGAUCGACAUUCGAAAAGCGAUGAUGAUACGGAUUUCUCCGACGACGAUGAAUGCCCCCAAAUGAGCGCCGCCGAAGAGCAGAAGAUGUUCGAGCGCGAACGGCAAAUCGCAUUUCGCGGCCGAUUGACGAUUGGCAAUCAAGAGAGUGUUGAUGACCUCCGAGAGGAUAUUGAUAUGAGAUGCGGGUGUGGGCCGUCGACGAGUUUAUUCAAAUUAUGCGAGGCACGUGAAAUCGGCGCCAAAGGCCGUCACACGCUAAAUGCACGAAAUCAAGCGGCGCUUGUUAAUCGAUAUAUGCCGAAUCGGCGAAAAAUUGUUGAUAGCUUGAAAAACACGAAAUCGUUUUGCUGCCAAUAUGCCGACAAUGGACGGCAGCUGGUGGUGGCGAGUCAAGACGAGAAAAUCCGAUUCUAUCAUCGCGCAAUGAAACCGCCGUAUCACUCGCGGUUUGUGCAAUUCAAAGAGCUUCAGGUGACUGCUUGCAGUUGGUCAAUUCUCGAUGUUGCCAUAAAUGAUCGAGCCGAUUUGCUAUGCUACUCGACAUGGAGGAAUGCGGUGUUUUUGGCAGCAAUGAAUGAUCGUGAAAUGCAGAACGGACAGAACGCGAUUUGGCACCAAAUCGAUCUCGGCGACACGGAGCACAAUGUGGCCGUGUUCUCGCUGAAAUUCUCCGAUGACAAUCGUCAGGUCGUCUGCGGCUCGUCGACAUACUGUAUCAGUCUGAUCGACGUUGAGCGACGGAUUCCGAUUCAGACCAUCGACAGCGCUCAUGAGGACGACGUGAAUAGCGUUUGUUUUGCCGAUGAGUCGUCGAAUUUGAUCUACAGCGGCGGUGAUGACGGUCUCGUCAAGGUUUGGGAUCGUCGAGCUUGGAAUGAUGGCGACAUGGAUCCGGUGGGAGUAUUUGCUGGCCAUCGAGACGGCGUCACCUACAUCGAUUCGAGGCGGGAUGAUCGAUAUCUUCUGUCGAACGCCAAAGAUCAAACCAUCAAAGUCUGGGAUUUGCGGCAUUUCUCGUCGCAACGCGGAAUUGAAGGUACACGUCAAUGUGUUCAGAAACAAGAUUGGGACUAUCGAUGGCAUCCGGCGCCGCCGGGACUCUGCGAGCCCGUCGACGGCGACUCAUCGGUGAUGACGCUUCGCGGACACAGUGUUCUUCAUACGUUGGUGCGCGCGAAAUUCUCGCCGGAACGCACCGGACACAAAUAUAUCUAUACGGGUUGCGCGAGAGGUGAAAUUGUCGUGUACGAUAUGCUGACGGGAAGUGUGUCGAGUCGGCUGAAAGGCCAUAUGUCGGUGGUGCGAGAUGUUGAUUGGCAUCCGUGCGAUAAUGAGAUCGCCUCUUGUGGAUGGGACAGCAAAACGUGCGUUUGGCAGUAUGACGAACGCGCCGAGAGAAUCACCGCGCCGUACGAUGGCGCCCAAUUUGGCGAUGAUGACUCGUGCGAUGAGAACUAUGAGAAGAUCACGCGGACGAAAGCGUCGACGCGAAAGCGGCAAUCGCCUUUAAGGAAAUUAUGA